AUGGCGAAUUCGGGAUGGGCAGGUGAAUCAAGAGCGCCUGGCCAAAGGCGGCAGAAAGUGCUAGGCUAUAUCAAGGCUGCCAACGAACUGCGCCAGUCGUACCAGCAAACAUUCCAGACACGAUGGCAGGAAAGCGAUUAUCAGGAGGGUCUACCUGGUGCUUUUCCAGAUGCCGAUGUUGUUCGGAGUGGUGACGAGGAAAUGCUGUUGUUUCCUAGCUAUGCCCGAAUCCAUGCUCCAGCGACACAUCACUCGCAAGGCCUUCCGCGGUCAGCGCCUGGCACGAACGAAGAUGUAAGCAAUCCAGACUCGGGCGAUGCGGAUUACUGGAGAAGAGAAUGGCAGAAAUACGAGGAUGUGAAUGCAGUGGUAGAUGUCGACGUACGAGGUUGGAUCUAUACUCCUCAGCGUGGUCCGUUGAGCAGGAGAAACAGGCUACUGCUCGCUGUGGCACGUCGUCUAAGUGGCAUACCAGCCCCUACAAACACACCUCCUCGAAGUCGCGAAACUUCACAAGGUCCUGGCUGGCGCGACAGAGUACAGGAUGAUAUGCUAAGUCAGGAGGAAGAAGCUGCUGCCAGAGAAGCUGAUCUCAUCCAGCGUCGUGGUCAACGCGAAGCCGAAGCCGCUGCCACUGGCAGGUAUACUGCUGAUAACGAUUCUCUCAUGGAUUUCAGUCCUACCAACAGCCGAGCCUCGUCACCUUCGAGACCUGCCUCAACACGCAUGAAUACAUCUACUGCGAACGACUCUACUGAUGCAAUAACCCCCCUGCAAAAGAGGAUGUCAUGGAACCUUGCUGGUCAAAUGAGCAAAGAAGAGAUCAUCGCAGCGAACGAGCAAUUAAUGAAGAGAUUACGACCCUUUAUGACUCUCCCCACUGCCAACAGUCCUAUUACCAUCUUCUUCUACAACGAUAACAAGUCACAAUCGAAAUCUGUCUAUACCGACGACUCAGGUCACUUCAAAGUCCGCGCAGCCCUCAACUUUGUGCCGACCAAAGUUCGAGUACUUGCCUCGGAAAACUUGUCGGCUACUGAGGACGUAAACAUCACCAACGAGAGGGGCAUAAGUCUUGUCAGUGACAUCGACGAUACAAUCAAGCAUUCAGCCAUUGCAAGUGGUGCUAAGGAGAUCUUCAAAAACACCUUUAUUCGAGAGCUGGGCGAACUUGUUAUUCCUGGAGUGAAAGAAUGGUACUCGAAAAUGGCCAGCUUAGGUGUCAAGUUGCAUUACGUCUCAAACUCGCCGUGGCAGCUUUACCCUGUUCUGAAGUCAUACUUCGCAUUGGCCGGGCUGCCACCUGGCUCUUUCCACUUGAAACAAUACACUGGCAUGUUGCAAGGUAUAUUCGAGCCGGCUGCGGAGAGAAAGAAAGGCUCGCUCGACCGCAUUAUGCAUGAUUUUCCGGAGCGGAAAUUCGUUCUUGUCGGUGAUAGUGGUGAAGCUGACCUCGAAGUCUAUACCGAUAUUGUUCAGGAACACCCUGGACGUGUACUUGCCGUUUUCAUCCGAGAUGUGACAAGUAGAGAGGAGAACGACUUGAAGGAAUUCUUCAAUGGUAAUCGCUCGGACGAUGCGUCGACGGAUGUGAAUAAAAAUCCAUCUCAGCGUGAGAGUCAAAAGUCGAAUGGACAGAAGCCUGGCCUGCCCGAGAGACCGAAACCAACAAGAGCUGCCACCGAGAACCUGAUAGAUUUUGGGGAAGAUUCACCAAGUUCGUCCAAGUCUGAAGAUUUAUCAUACUCGAGAGACAUGGAAGCACUACAGCUGAGCAAUAAAUCGCCUCAAAGACCUGCGAAGCCUGCGAAGCCUUCUAAUCUUCGCAGCAUGACCACUGCCACGUUACAACGAUCCUCAAGUUUCAGGAGGAACGAGGCCUCUUCCUCCUCAACACAGCAGAAUAGUAACGGAAGCAAGACAAAUGCACCGCCACCACCUCCCGCACCAAGACGAACCGCCACAGGGCUCAGCACUAAUUCCACAACAAGCACAAAAACCAGUGCAAGCGAUCCAGAAAAGCCUUCCUCUCGAAAUAAGAACGCUGCGCCUUCACAGGCCUCCUACGACUCCCGCACAUGGUGGCAAGACAACUCAUCUUCCUCCAGUAACAACAACAACACCAACAACAACCGCACAUCAAACUCCGGCUACCUCGCCUCAGCCCGCCAACAACUAAACACAGCCUACAACGCCCUCCCCACCAUCCGCUCCCCACCCUCCCGAGAAUCCCUCAAAUCUUCAUCCUCCGACCUCACCACCAACCCACCCCUCCCUCCUCGUCGCGGUCUCUCCUCCUACCCCGCCGCCGCCGCCCGCUUCGUUACAGGCGCCAAUCUCGGCGACCCAGCCGCAGGCGGCGACGGCGGUACAGCACCGGGCCAACCCCUCGACCGCAAGCUAGAGAUGUGGAAGAGGCGCUGGCAGAGAAGCGAGGAGAUUAUGCGGAAGCAGGGCGUUGUGCUUAGGGCGUGGAAGACGGGGUCGGAUGUUAUGGAUGAGUGUUUGGAGAUUGUGGAGAGGGAGUUUCGGAGGGUGGGGAUUGAGGAUGUUGAUCGGGGUGAAUCGAAUAGGAAAAACAACAACAAUAACAGUAACGAUCACGGGGAAUCCAGCAGGAAUCACAAUAACUAG